AUGCAUUUCUCUCAUCGUUCACCAAGAGAAGCAAACAAUGAUGGAUCUCGAUUACCAAGGCCUGAUCAUGAUGUUGGUCUUUCAUUUUUAUAUCGCCCAAGACGAGACACAGCACGUUUAAGCAAUUCAACAUUUUCUACUUAUUAUUCUGUAGAAUAUAUAUCGAUGCCGUAUUUUCCGAAAAAUAAUCAACGUUCCGUUCGUUCUAAUAUUCAAAUAUCAUUAUACAAUUUUCUUGAACGGCCAGUUGGCUUCAAAUGUUUUACAUAUCAUUUUUCUGUAUUUCUUGUAGUGCUUGUUGGUCUUGUUUUGUCUGUUUUAACAACGAUUGAAAAGUUUUCUACGAGCCUAUCAAUAUAUGUUUAUUGGAUUGAAAUAUUUCUUGUUGUCUUUUUUGGUUUUGAAUAUGCAAUAAGAUUAUGGUCAGCAGGUUGUCGAAGCAAAUACAUGGGUGUACUAGGCCGAAUACGAUUUGCUCGAAAACCGAUCGCCAUUGUCGAUUUAUUAGUUGUUAUUGGGUCAACACUAAUGAUUACUUUAGCUGCCGAUCGGCAAGCUUUUGCUGCAUCGGCUAUUCGUGGUGUUCGAUUUUUACAAAUUUUACGUGUUUUACAUGUUGAUAGACAUGGUGGCACAUGGCGUUUAUUAGGAAGUGUCGUAUAUAUUCAUCGACAAGAAUUGAUUACAACAUUAUAUAUCGGCUUUCUUGCAUUAAUUUUUUGUAGUUAUCUUGUUUACAUUGCUGAAAAAGACGAAAAAACCGUAGAAUUGAGGGGUGCAAAAGGUAACGAUAGCCAUUUCGACACUUAUGCAGACGCACUAUGGUGGGGUGUCAUAACUAUAACUACGAUAGGUUAUGGGGAUGUUUUCCCAGUCACUUGGAUGGGAAAGAUAAUCGCUUCAUUUUUUGCUAUUUUUGCGAUAUCUUUUUUUGCUCUACCAGCCGGAAUUCUUGGCUCUGGUUUUGCUUUAAAAGUUCAACAGAAACAACGACAAAAACAUUUCUCUAGACAAAUUCCAGCUGCAGCAACAUUAAUUCAAGCUGCAUGGCGUGUUUAUGCAAGUGCACCUGGCUCAUCGUGCGUGGCAACAUGGAAUAUUUAUUUACGCGUCGCCGAUGUUGGUCUCUCACCAACAGUUAAUAAAUCUUUUCCCACAAAUCAUCAAACAUUCAGUGAAAGAACAGCAGAAAAACUUCGACAUUUACGUUUAUCGAGUGCUCAACGAAAACAUCGUUUGAAGAGAACAAGUCAAAAUCCAUCAUCACCUAAUCUUUUACAAUCACCAGGCUUUACGGAACGACGAGGCUCAAUAUCCUCAACAUCGAAUACCACAGGUUUAGAAAAUACCGAUCAUGACGAUGAAGACUUCGAAGAAGAACCAAUGAAACCACAUACUUUAACUGAAGAUCAUAAGCGAGCAAUACGAUGUGUACGUAAAAUACAAUUGAUUGUUGCUCGCAAUCGAUUUCAACAAGCAAGAAAGCCAUAUGACGUACGUGAUGUACUUGAACAAUAUUCUCAUGGGCAUAUAAAUAUGAUGAUGAGAAUAAAAGAGUUACAACGAAAAAUUGAACAUACGAUUGGUAAACAAGAGCCCGGACCAAGUGAAGAUCGCGCAAAAUCAACUGUUCUCGCACGAAUGCAGCGUGUCGAAGGUGCGAUAACUGGUAUGGGAGAAACGAUGGGACACAUUUUAGUAUUGUUAAGAAGUGUUGACGAAAAACUCAAUCGAAUUUCACCCAACGAUAAUCGUGCGGCAAGAUCAGUUUUAACUCCAGUUAACGCAAAGUUUUCUCCUACACAAGAAGAAAUACUAUAA